AGUCGAGGGCCUGCUGCAGCGCGCAGAGGUAGGCGCCGGGGAGCUCAUCGCGGGGCGCAUCAGAAUAGCAUCAACCUAGCCCCAAACGGGCAUCAUCGUCUCUUGCUGCACAGCCCACCUCACUGCGUUGUGUUCACCGCGAGGGGACUCACACAGCCUCCUUCACUCUCCAGCCUCAGCCCGGAAAAGCCAGGCACGCGUCGCUCGCGGCCUCUCGACCACUCAGUGAGCGCGAAUCCGAGCUUGAAGUGCCCGCGCCCCCGCUCGUUGCUAGACAAGGCUACCUCACGUUGUCCCUGGGCCUAAGCGCGCCCGUCUACCUCACUCCUUGCACGCCAGAAUAGCAACACGCGCAACCACAGCCAUGGACAGCAUGCAGCAGCGCGGGCGCUCGCCGUCUGCAGGCCACCGCGCCCAUAUAAGGCAAACGCCGUCGCCGUCACCGCAUGCGCCUUUCCACAACAACGCGUCCGGCCUCGGCUUCGAUCAAUCCCAGCUACUGAACGACCCCGCCAGCUUCGCCGUCAGCCACGCCCAGCUCACGCCCUCGCAGUAUUUGUCCUCGGUGCAGUCGCAGCCCUUCCCGCCGCAGCAGGUGCUGUCCGACCAGGCCUUCCUGCACUCCAACCCCGCCCUGUCGCAGCACAACACGCCGCACUUUGGGCCGCAGGGAAACGCCCUCACCCCCGACCCGCUGGACAUCACCAAUCCCGGCCCGGCUGACUUCAGCAACUUCUUCGCCGGCAACGACCUGAACCAGGCGCACGCGAUCAACCCCGCGCAGUUUGGCAACUCGCUGGACCCCCACCUGCUUGAGAGUCAGCCGCAGCAGCAGAACCUCUCCAUCAACCCCACCGACCUGAUGGCCCAGAUGGCCACCUCGCAGCCGCAUGCGCCCACGCCGCCGCACCUGCUGCCAAACGCCAUGCACAACCAGCGCAGCCCCAGCCCCCAUGCGUCGCCGCACCAGAACCAGGGUGCCUUCUCGCCGCCCACCCACUCACGGCACCCCUCCCUCAGCCACUCGACUCUCGACCCUAGUGCAGCGUAUGGACAAGGCACCGAGUGGGCGAACAUGGCCAACUUCAGGGGACAUAGGCGGACUCCCAGCGAGUCUGCCUACUCAGAGAUCUCUUCGGCGCACGCGUCGCCGUUCUUGGUCACUCACGACAGCUUCGAGGAGACGCAGCCGUCGCCAAACCUCAACGCGCAGGCCGAUCCCCAGCUGUUCCAAAAUCCUAUUUCACAGUUCGAUCAAUUCAACUUGAAUGACGGCGCACACAUCAGCCCCGGUCACAGCCCUGCGAUUUCGCCGCGUCUAAUUCCACAGCAGCAGUCGUUGCCCGCGUUCAUGCCUGGCAGUUUUGGUCUCGAGUCAAACAUGAACCACCACUUUAAUCAACAGCAAGGAAUGGGCUAUCAGAACCAGGGCACUGAGGCAUUCCCUUCACUCAACGACUUCGGCCAGGCUGAUACAAUGUCCCCUCCUGAGAUCAACAUUGACUUUGCCCCGCCAUCGCGACAAGCAAGCUUUGAGCCACCUAAACCGGGGAGUACUGCUGAUGCUCUGACCGAUACUCUAAGCCCACCAGACCGAUCGAGGAGUCGUAACAGGACGCGCGCCAAGUCUGACCCUUUCAGCAGCGCGAGCUCGCGCGCCUCCACACCCGGCUUGGAGGUCCACCGAUCUUUGUCUCCCAGCGCUGCCAAGUCGCGCUCACCCUCGCCUUCUGGCAAAUCCUCCCGCCGCUCGUCGACGUCGAGUGUACCUAACCGAGAUUAUAUUCUGGAUCUUGCAGAUCCCUCGCGACCCAGCAAUCCUGGGGAUGGUUCCAACCCCAAGCGCACGCAAAAGCACCCAGCCACUUUCCAGUGUACACUAUGCCCAAAGCGUUUUACCCGAGCCUACAACCUGCGUUCGCAUCUGCGCACUCACACCGACGAGCGCCCGUUUGUGUGCAGCGUUUGUGGCAAGGCAUUCGCUCGCCAGCACGACAGGAAACGACACGAAGGCCUGCACUCGGGAGAGAAGAAAUUUGUCUGCCGCGGUAAUCUCAAGGAGAACGGUCAUUGGGGUUGCGGCAGGCGGUUCGCUCGUGCAGACGCUCUUGGUCGUCAUUUCAGGUCUGAAGCUGGCCGCGUCUGCAUACGACCCUUACUCGAGGAAGAAGCGCAAGAACGAGGUGGCUGGGACGGUCAGCAACAACCCAUGGCUAACGGCAACGGCAUGUUCAACCCCGCGCCGCAGAAUUUUGGCGGCAUGAUGCAGACACAGCCUGGCUACGAAAACUUCCCGCAAUUGACACAGGCGCCUCAGCCCUUCCUGCCCGCUGCGCUGCUCGCCCAGUACCCAGCUCUUGCGACCAUGGACUGGAACUCUAUGCCCCUGAACGGGCCUGACGAGGCUGAUGAGAUCAGCGGCCGCAGCAGUUUCGAUGCUAGCAGCGGAGGAGAGUACUACGAAGACGAGAGCGACAACUACCAGCAAGGCCAGCAAUCAGUCUUCGCAGGCAAUAACAGUGGCUGGGUGAGUGACAGCUACGAUGGGCGAAAUUAGGAGUCUCUGCCCUAGCACUGCGACGUUCACAUCUUUGGCCUUUCUUUUUUCAACGGCCUCGCGCUUGGGUUUAUGAUUGUGGCUUAUUACUCUUCUGAUACCUUCUUCUUUUUCAAGAUACCACUGUCACUGCAGACAUGCAUGUCAUGUUUCGUGCGUUGUUUACUCAGGGUCCAAUAUACCCCAGCCUUGGAAAGUUCUUGUUCGGAUUGGUGUUUUGAAGACUCGCGAUUGCGGUCACUUUCUAGGUGUUUUGGUCCAUAGAUGAUACCAUAGCAAAGAUGAUCAAAGUUCCAAAC